AUGCAAAUGGCUGCUGUAUCAAGGGGAGGAAUUGUCGUCAGUGUGUCGGUGGUCCCUGUCCCAGCGAUCGAGAGAUCCCACCUGGAGCUUCGAGGGGAAAACCCUCUUAUCUCAGUUCUUCAGCUCUUUCCUCUUUUCUCGUCAUCACUGCGGAACAUCGUCUUGGAUGCCUCUUCCUGGAAGGCAGGUCAAGGAACCUUCAUCCCUUUCCAACCAUCCUAUACUACCCGGAAGAUUCAGGACGUCAUCCAGCCUUUGUGCCUUCCACCGCCUCCCAGUGUGUUAUCGGUAAACCCCCCUGAGGCCAUCUCUUCUAAAUAUCAGGCGGAAACCAACCUCGAAACGGAAAACACCGGAGUGUCAGCCAUUCCCCCUUCACCACUCAAGCUCCAGCUUCCUUCUUCGGAACGACACGAAGACAUGUCAUAUCAGCCGCCACCCACCUUAAGAGUACAAUGUGUAAACUCCAUCACUACCGCACCAGAAACUUCUGCCUCGUCUUCCUCCUUCUCCAUGCCGCAAGUUGAUGUUUCGACUAAUGAUGCGGAAGACGAAGAGGAAAGCGGUAGUGGAAUCACGGAAGGCGCUAAAUGCAGCAAGAAAAAAGUAAGAAUGAUAGGAUGUAAAAUUUACGUUCUUGUUAAUCAGCGAAAUGGUUGUCAUGUUUUGCGUUUUUUAGGUGGGCUAGCCGUAGUAGCUGAGGCAAGCGCGAGACAAGAGCGAGAAGCAAGACUCGCGCUAGAUGAGGGGCGGUAAAGAAAAAAGAAAUGACGCUUUUUCACGCUUCACAUUUCACGUUUCUUACUCUCCGCGCUCGCCUCAUUUUAUUUUCCCUACUGCUUAAGUAGUGUUCAUUCUUACGAAGGUCGCUUUCAUUUUCUUGUUCAUUACGCUCUUUGUUGAAAAUUUAGACACUUUCUCAUUAAUCCGAGACUAGAAGCGAUGACUUAAUGUGUCAAAAUCCUUCAUGUAAGCAUAACGUUUCUCUUCGACGCCAUUUUGUCGAAUUUGAAAGCGGGAACUGGUACCGAUGCAAUCUUUAUUUCCGGUGUGCCCAGUCCUCAAGACAACAAACGGUCCUCGAAGACUGAACAAAGGACCGAAUUUUAAAAGCAUACAAUCCUAGAGAACGGAACGUCAAAGAAAACUAAAAUAUACUGAUCAUACUCGCAGUGCUACCUGUAUAAAAAGAGAAAAAUUUUGCUCGAUGUUCCAAAUUAUGCCAAAAAUUAUGCUAGCACAACCUAUAAGGGCCUUGUAGGGGCCAGCUACGCUUGGCAGAGUAAAUAAGACACAACAACUUCUAUGCGUCUGAUUCCUUGUAUUCUUGUACCGGAUAAUAAAAACGAAUAAAAAAUGAGGGUCUAUUCGGCGACAAUUCGAAUUUAUUGCUUCUUACACAGCCUAAGAUCCUUCGCUAAAACUAACUCGGUAAAAAAACGGCAAAAAAUCAUGUAAGUAACACUCAAACUACACACAUGGCGUGGGAAACUGCGCCCUAGGUAUAUUGUCAGCGGCGCUAUAAAUUGUAUGUAAGCGCGACGAAUCAUACAGGCCUAGUCUCGAUUUUUCUUACUGUUUACAUUGUCAGGGAUAUUAAUUUUUUCUUUCUCGCAGAAAAGCCGUUCCAGAAAAGUACUUACCUGGGUGACGAAGUUUGUUUGUUUUGGCUGCUGCAAGAAGCAGCAUGAAGAGAAAUGAGGAGAAAGCAAUAUUUAGAUAUUUUUCUGUUACUGUUUUUUGUUUUGAUUUGUACAAUUUUUUUAUUAAAAAAGGAAAAUGGAAAAAAAACAUAAAAUCCAAAACUUAAAAAAAACAAAACAAAACAAACAUGAAAAAGAAAAAACUCGAAAAAUUUUGAAAUCGUGGCCCAGCAACCUUAGCGGCGCCUUUGAAACGGUCACAUGACUUCACAAAGUGAAACGUCGUCGCCACGGCAGAAGGUAAGAAAUACACAAAUUUUUGCACCCUUAUUGACGAGAUAUUGAUUCAAAUUAGUUAAAAGACAUACAUUUUGAUCAAAAACCUUUUUUUUAAUCAAAAUACGGUAGGGUGUCUCUGUUUUAACCGUAAGUCAAUAACAAUAGGCUUGUCCCUUUUUAUAACUUGUUGACAUGUUGGUUUUCUCGGCCGCGCAAACUCCAUCGUUGGAAUUACCGCCUUGAAUACUAAUCUAAUCUUAAGAUCUAUUGGUAUUUUAGUUAUGAGCGUUUUUGUCAAACUACAUGGCUAUAAAUCUUUCUAAAACGUCGUCUUUACGAACGCACGUACAAUCAAACGGUCUCCCUCGAGCUCGCUGUCCACCUUCGUGCCUUUGAGAAGACUUCCCCUUUCGAUUUCGCCUUGCAUAAACCUCGCGAAGCCAGUAUUGAACUCCUAGUAAUUUUUGUCUUAAAAAGUAGUAAUUUCAUACAUAUGGCUCAUUUAAGCUUUGUUUCUGACGAACGAUAGACGCAAGUAAAUACCCUUAAUGUGUAGCAAGGUUUUGUUGAAUUCAUAUUGUGAUAAAAUUAAAUUAUUCGUCAUUUCCUAGUCACCACCACCUUUGCCUUGUGCUGAGACUAAUUUUCGAAAUGUUCGAAGGGUGUUUCGUCGCUCUUUUAAUUUAGGUCUUUACCACUGGUCAGAAUUCGAACUUAAGAUUCGGUUUCGAUCGCCCGCGACUUGCACUGUUUUCUGAAAAAGCUGUUCGGCAGUUUCGUGGCCUUUUGCGAGUAACAUAUUGAUUGACACUUUCGCUCCACCGAGCUUUACAUCAUGGCCGUCUUUAAAGUAUGGCGCUCUGCCAGUCACGAGAUUGGACUUUGGCAAAAAGGCUCCGGCAAGCCGUUUCACCUCCAAGACUAUUUGCCUCAUGGAAAAAACGUGCUCUGACAAGUUGGCUUGACCACAUGUAAAUUUGCAUCGGCUUUUAAUUACAUGUAUUUCCUUACGAUGAUUGUGCUGUCUCUCCAUCAAAAGGGAACUUACCAUUGUAUGAAGUCAUUCUAUGUAGGAAAAACAACGCAGUAUAAUUGUAUUGACUUAAAAUUUUAAUGCUUGUGAUAUUGGCUAGAAAGGGUGUUUUCGAAUAUGAUAUUUCUUAUGGUCGGUCACUGUUUAGGCACAUCUGUUUCUUCAUGACUGCUUCACAUUGUUCUUACGAAGGCCAAACGCUCGAAACGUCAGCUUUUAAACUCUUUACGGUGGCCAAUAUUUACGUUUUUAACUCAGUUGUUAACUCUGAAUGACCCUCUUCAUGAUAUUAGUUUCAUAUAUGUUGGAAACAUAAGAGAUUUAGUGACUGGAUAUUCCUUUGGGGAGUUAAGUUGUGUUAUUUCAUCUUUGCUUCCUUGUACUAGAAGAAAUGAUGAAACAAAGACACCAAAAGGUGUAAAACUUGUAUAGAAAAAUGAAUAACGAGGGGAUAAUAAUUAACAAGAAAAAUCCAAGGAUGACAAAAAUUGGAAAGGAUUGCCUCUGGCAAACUCUAAGGGAUGACAUUAGGAAACACUAACCAUCAGUUUAAGUUCUCAGUAAAUUACUCGAUGGAUCUGUUUGGCGUUACAAUUGAUAAUGAUCUUACUUUAAAGCGGCAUACAUCCUUUCUGUGGAAAAAAGUAAACAGUCACUUCAUCAUUAUGACAAUAUCUGGCAAACUCAUGCCUACUGCAACCAUGUUAUGUCUCUACAGGACACUGUAGACACUUUUCUACUCUAUUGUAUGGCAUUUAUUUAGUAAACAAGAUUCAGACAAACUGGGCCUUUUAAAGAAAUGUAUUCUUCCAUUUACUCUCAUGGAUUUUAACUCUGGCUACAUCGCUAUAAUUUUAACGGGAACAAAAUAGUGGAAUUUUAAUCUUGUAUUGCAGUAUUAAGUACACUGAGUUGAUUAAGAAGGUUGUUUAGGUAGUUAAUUAUUUUGCUUGUUAUAUAGAAUUAACUUGUCUCAUUAAUUAGUUAUUGAUGUAGUUGGCGUGAAGGUAUCAGCGUUUGGGUGCUACUCUGUAAAUUGGAGACUAAAUAAUGUUUAUAUGUAUGUAUGUAGGUAUGUGUUCAAGAAGUUAAGAGGGAACCUGAAAGGGAAGCUAUGCCCUGAUCCCUUUUUGAAAAAAAAACUCUAUAAUAGAUAUUUAAAUGAUAAGUUAUCAAAAAAACAAAAAGGAAGAAAAGAAAUAAAUUUUCCAAGAGAAAAUUUAACAAAAUGUACAAACCAGGUCUGUAGAAUAGCAUUUCUUAGGGUUGUGGACCAAAGAGAAGAUUAGAGAGUGCUCAAGGGGCAAACCGUCAGAGAAGAUUGGGAUUGCAAAGUGGAAAAAUUUUGCACAUUGUUAUGUACUGGGGUUUAUGGUAGUCAGCAAAGAAGACUCCCAAAAUUUUACACAAGAUGGUGUAAGCAAAAGGCAUAAAGGCAUCUUAUGUGCAUGCAGGAACAUAAGUUUGUAAUGAGACAUGAGACACAUUUAAACUCAGGAACACAAAUUUUUUCACCUCUUCCAUGGAAGAUUUUUUUUAUGUCAAAUCAUGAAGCGCUUCAGAGUUAAUAUCUAUGCAUCAUAAGGGUUGUUUCAACAUUUACUUUGAUUGAUUGAAGCUGUGUGCUUCGUCAGAAUGCGGAGCGCAGUAAACUACAGUAGGCAUUAUGCUAAGUUAAAACUAACUCUUGAAGUAAAGUAAUUGUAUGUUAUGGUAAUUUAUAAAGUAGAAGUUAAUUUAUAAAGUAUAAUGUAUCUCUUGCAGCAAAGUCACUGGAAUUUACUAGGAGUCCCUUCUCUUGAAGCUCUCUAAAACUUAAUAGGCCUGUAAAAUAACUUUGUCUUUAUUCAAAUUUUUUUGAAAAUAAGUCAAAUAGCCUAUUACCUAAAGAACCAAAAUUGACUGGUUAUGUUGCCAAGCCCGGCUUCUCUAUUCUUUUGAUUCUGGUUUUUAAAUAUAGCAGCGGGCUUGUUAAGUCACUAGUAUUUUUGACAAACAGGCUCAAGGCCUUUAGGUUAAUUUGUGACUUCCCUGUGUAAUACCAUGACAUUACCAAGCAAAUAGAGGACAAGAGUAGACUUAAUAGUCAACUGAAUGUGUUCCCUGAUUUAACAACAAGUACUGUUACCCAAGUUAUAAGUUUUAAGGUUAACCCUUUAACUCCCAUAAGUGACUAAGACAGAAUUUCUCCUUACAAUAUCAAUACAUUGUCAAGCAGACAAGUGAUGGGAAUAAAGGAAAAUAUCAGUUAGAGGAUUAUUAGUUGAUCCUGUCCAAAUUCUCAAAACUAACAUCACAAGAACUGUAUGGCAGAUAGUAAGGAGAAUUACUACUGAGAUUUUGGGAGCUAAAGGGUUAAAGAAUUACUAAUCAGAUCUUUGGAGUCAAGGAAGUGAUUGAAAUUAAUGGUACACACGAGGUUUACAAAGGAAUUUAAGUCAGUAGGAGGAGAAAAUUACCAAUUGGAUCUUGGGUUUUAAAGGUCACACGAUUUCCAAGGGGACACUGACUGUGGUUCUCUCCUUGUAUCUCUGAACAGAACAUAUUUCUACUAACAAUGGCUGCAAAUUCUGUUGAGAAUCAUACGGAGAAUGUUACUAUUGAACCUCUCUUGGCAAAACGGAUGAGGAAAGACCCUGAUGCAACUACAAGAAAAAGCGUUGUGGUUCUAACGAGGGGAAAUGUUGGAGUUAGGGAUGGUAUGGUGUUUAUGCCAAACACCAUUGAAAUGGCUAUACUCAAAAAACCAGAUAAAGGGCAAUUCAAAACAAACAUACACUUUUCUUCAAACAUGACCGAAACCGAUGUAAAAUCCAUAUUAAUGGAAAACUUUCCAAUUUUGAGAGACAGAAGGUAAAAAAUUUUUUUGUGUAAUUUGUUUAGUUAUUGGAAAAUUGCUUACACUAGGUACUAUAUGCAUGUAAGACCUUUAAUUAUCUUCAGAGUAAGCCUGAUGCAACUUAAGCCAAGACAUUGCUGCUAGAAAAAAGAAAUAAAUCAGUCAGUUGGUCAUCUAGUCAGUCUGUCAAUAUGUCCAAAUACUUUGUCAAAGUUCUAUGUGUUAAUACUAAUUCCUAUUCUCCCAGGUUUUACUGUGCUUCAGUGGUUAACUAUCGAACAAGAUUGGAAUUUCAUGGUGAACGUCGCAUUUGGGAUGGACGCUUCAUCAAGAAAGUGAUUAAAGGAAACUCAGCUCUUUAUGUCUUUGUAGAAGAGGUAUGGGAGCAGGGGCAUCAGUAGAAGUUUACCGAUGAUUGUGUUUUGAUUUUAAGGUGGCAGCGUGGAUCCCUGAACCCUUUUGUUUCCAAGAGUGACCUCAAAGGAAUUUCUUCUUCUACAGUAGUAUCUGUACAUUUCAAGCAUGAAAUUGUUGAGAAGAGUGAACAAUAUUGACUACAGGAUAUUACUUGAUUUGACGCCAAAUUUUUAGGGGUAGACUUAUAAGAAAUGUAUGGGAAACAGUGCUGAAAAUUGAUAUUUAAAUCGUGGGAGUGAUAAGGAAAAGGCUGCCAUACUGGGCCCCAUGUGAUGGUCUUAUGUUUGAGCACACUGGACUGCAAAUGGAAACAUCCUGGUUUGAGCCCUAACUUUCACUGGCAUGUAUUUUCAUUUUGCUACAUUUGAAGAUCAAAAACAUUGGUUUAGGCAGCUUCUCUGAAGAAAAAAAGUUUAAACUUUGUUUAACAAAACACCUUUAAAACUUGUUUAAGCUUUGGUGUGACUGGGGUAUAGGUCAUGAUAUAGAAAAGAUACAACAUGAGCAACACGAGAAAGUGAGUAGGAUUUUAGAUGGUGGCGAUUCCACAAAUUUGCUCCUAAUCCAUUUUUUUUAGGCCUUAUUGUUACGUGUUAGUUUUUGUGUUGGGAGGAAAAGCAGAAAACCCAGAUAAAAACCUUGGAGCAAGGACUAGUACCAACAUAAAAUUCUACCCAUACAUAACACUGGUUCUAUGAGAUGAACUUGGACCCCAGUAAUUGGAGAUGUGCACAUCCCACUUCCCUGUUCCUUCCACCCAUACAAGGGAUAUAAAUGUGUACUAGCAACUUGUCAGGAAAGCCCAAAAAAUAAAUUUUGAGGGUAAUGUGUGGCUGAGUAGCAUCACAUCCUGGGUGUUGGGAUAAUCCCCUCACACUACUUAAGUCAGUAGUGUGUCAGUCUUGACUAGAGACAAGUGUGUUGGUCAUGGAAUGGUUCUCUUAGGGAAAUUAAAGGAGGGAUUAAUUACAAAUAUCUUGGCCGUCACCAAUUUUGGAUGUCAUAGCAAGACACAUGUAUUAUUUCCUUUAGGAUGGGAAUUUUGGAGAAUCAGAGGAUUCGGGAUAUGAAUCUUCCAUUAGAGAGCAGUUAGGAACGAAACGUUCAUUUGACCAGAUUACAACAUGUGGAGAGUUGACAAGCAGUGAGAGCCCAGUGAAAAUGUCACUAUCAUCAAUAGAUGGUCCUGCUCAACCAGGCCCUGAAAAGUUUCCUGUUGUAAUUUCUACACAUGAUGAUCCACUUGAAAACAUUUCAAGUCAUUCAAAUUUGGUAUCAGGGCGUGCUGAGAAAAGUGAUGUUGAGUUAUCAAAUGAAAGACCACUCAUGAAUGUGCAGCAAGAACUUGUGGCACCAAGUAAUACAAUAUUAUUCCUGCAUAAUCCAUUACAGCAGUCUCUUCCAAUGGGUAAGGUGUCAACAAAACAAUGUUUCCAGUUUGCAUUUAUGAAUAAUUUUGGUCAGUACAAUUAUAGGUGGUGGCAAAUUGUCUUAGAUUCUUCUGUCAAAGGGGAGUGGCAUUGUUACAAAUGGCUUCAAGACUGCUGAUUUUGUGUAGCUUUACAAACCAGUCUACUAUACACACCUUACCUCUACUGUUGAACAUUGCAAUUCAUUAAUAAAGAAUUCCUAAUUAGAAGAUUAAUGUAUAAGAAAUUUAACUAUGUUGUCAAUGGUGCACAGUCUAAGGAAAGCAUCUUUUUUAUAUACUCCUUUUGUAAUCUUGAUUUAAGAAAGAGAAAACCCUGUUUUAGGUUAAGUUAUUCUUCUUGUAUUCAGGAGGAAUCCCGUUUAUUGUGUUUCCUACUGCUGGAGGGAUUCCUGUUGCUCCAGCACCAACAGCUGGAAAUAAUGCCUUAAACACAGUACCUGCUCAACAAAGCAUGGAGAUGCCUACCUCUAACAAUCCAGAGUUGCAAACAGCACUACAAGCUUCAACACUUACCCCUCAGCUACAGAGCUUACAUAUUUCGAGUGCAUCUUCUCAGCAACCACAGAACAUGGUUACUUCAGAGGCAUCGCUUUUAGGAAGUUCCGAGGCCCUAACAACUGUUGACACCACUGAAAUAUCUCAGCAGUUGUCUUUGACAGGGGCAGAAGGUGACAGAACUGAUGUAGAAGGGGGUCAGCAGGAAACAGAAAACUUCAAAUCUCCUAAUCAGGAAGAGCCUAAUGUUGAGAAAACUGACUCCUCUCAAGUUCCAGAGAAAGAGUCAGCAGAAGCAAUUGCUCUGGCUAGAGACCAAGAAAGUAGUGGACUUUCCACUCUUCAAAUGUUUGAUCUUGAGGUAUAAAUCUAUAGAUUAAGAAAUGUCUAGUAUGGGAAAUUUAAAUCUGAUAAUUAAAUCAUAAAAUCCAUAAGUUAGCACCUCCCCUUAAGUGAGCACCCCAUUUGAUGAAGUACCCCUACACCUAGCCAAAAUUUAAAAUUGGUGUUCAACACUCCUUAAAAAAAAAAUCUCAGUCCCCUCCCUCUAUUUUAUUGAACAAGUGCUGAAACAACAGGUAAUGGUAUUACUUAUCAGCCCUUUUCCAAUCUCCAGUAAAUUAUUGCUUCAUCAUCAUUAUGAUACUAGAAAACAGUUGCUUUCUAAAUUGCAUCUUACAAUUUCAAAAUCUCUCUCUAGAUCUAAGCUAAAAAUAGAAAUUUUAACCAUAUUCAAUUCAUUACAUAUUUUUAUUCUGCAGCCACUGCUAUCAGAAGAUUUAGGAUUUGGAACAUUUGAAAAGUCAGAAGGUACAUGCAUGUAUGUUGUACCUGAGCUGUCCUGCAAGAUUAUUUCACUUUCUUAAUUUAAAAGUAUUCUAAUCAUUCAAAGCUUUUAUGUGGGGAAACCUCUAUUUAAGUAAAACCUUCAUCAAGGGAAGCCACCUUGGAUCCAGAUGUAAUGAAAUAGACUUCUCUUUCAUCUUUGUAUCUGUUACCAUCGCUGAAGGAACACCGCUAUUCAGGGAAAAGUUUCUCAGGUCUUCAGCUUAUUCCUUGAAUGGAAGUCCUUUCUAUCUGUUACCUUCAUUGAAGUAAAGCCCACCUUUUGGGGACACUUUUUGUGGUUUUUAUUUGUCCCCUAAAUUAAGGUUCCACUGAAUCUGUUCCUUUGCUGAAGGAGCACUUCUCUCUAAGGAACUCUUUUUCUAGUCCUUGGGUUAUCCCCGGGAUUAAUUUUUCACUUUAAUCUUAAGUUUGUUAACCCAUAUCAAUUGUGAUUUGUAGUGUCUGUAAAACUUGAGUCAGCCUUUGAAAUUCAUUCUUGUAUGAAAAGGCAAUUAAGUCACUAUCAAGAGGUAUUUAGAGUGAAGUUGCUGGCAAGUUGUUAAUACAAGGAUGUUACUCACUCGUAAAAUUUGAGUGCAUUGAAGUUGGGUAAUGCUAUGUAAUGGUAUUAUCUCUAAUUACACAUUAUUUGUUUUUCAGAAAACAUUCUUCAGGACAUACAUAUAGCUCCAGCUGGUGCAGCCACGAGAGGGGACACUUAUGCUAAAAAUGUGAUGUUGUUGAAGAAUGAGGACUUAGCACAAAGGGAUGGUAAUAUACUUAUGCCAACCACUAUUGAGAUGGCAAGAAUGAGAAAGACUGGACAGUAUAAAAAACAGGUCCAAUUCUCCAAAAGCAUGUCAGAAGAUGCAGUGAGGAAAAAAAUUCAAGAAACAUUUCCCGCCUUUGACUUAAGUGUAAGGUAAAGGAAAUUUAAAGUAGGAAUUUUAGUUAAAUAAAAUUUUAUUCAUUGAGGUCAGAGGUAAUUGUAAAACUGACUCCACAACAGAUUGUUCCAGUUUUUUCCAAAGGAAUCUCAAGAUUUUGUUCAUUUGCAAUUCAAGUUUUUAUUUUUUAAUGGCCAGUUCCAGGGUUAUGACCCAGGAGGCAAAGAAAGAAAAAGAAUAAAUUCCCUACCACUAAAAUUCCCUUUGAGAAAUAAUGCUUUUUUUUCUAUUGGGCAGGUUUUCUUGCGCAUCAAUCAGUAACACGGAUAGUACUCUUCAAUUUCAUGGGGAUCCUCGUGUAUGGGAUGGAAAAACAAUAAGAAGAAUCCUAAAGGGAAAUUCAGCUCUUUACAUUGUUAUGGAGGAGGGGAUUCAGGUACGUCGAAGGACAGUAAUAUCCUUGACAUCAUAACUUGUUCUCUAAACCAAUGCCUGCAAAAGAGGUAUAUGUCAUUAAAAAAGUGAAACACUUACGAUAAAGAAUGGUUAAAAAUAUCAUUAGUAAGAACCUACUGGACUUUUGGUGGGUAUGCAGUUGUGAAUCACCCCUGUUUUACUUAAACCUCGUUUGGAAAGUGUUUUACUACAACUAAAACUCACUCCCUAGAAAAAGGUUUACGCUUUUGGUAAUUUGGAACAGAGGGUUUCGUGGACCUUUGAAAUUUUCUUUCUCAAAAAUUGGCUAUGCGGUUGUGAAUCAUGCUUUCCUGGCUUUGCUUACUCGUUUGCAAAGGGUUCCUACCGAGUUGUAAAUUUGAAAAAACAAAAAAUGCUCCGAAACUACCAAUUAAAGUUAAACUACUUGGAUUCUCAAAACGCGAUAACGUCAUGAUUUCGUAUGUACUUUUAACUGGCGGAGUUUGAAUGCAACAAUCGUGACAAUCCAAAGUGAUUCCUCUCUCGUGUAUGUGCCUCACCUACUAAUUAGUGGUUUCAAUGGUUUAGUGUGGACGUUAUAAAAGGCCAAUUUUCAAUUGAGUGUCCUAAGUAAUCCGAGAUUAGUUAAGUUUUGCUUUACUUCGCUCUGUGAUUGGCCCAAAAAACUCGCGCCACUCUCUCAACUAAUCAGACGCAAAAGUAAAACCAACCACGACUUGGUCGCCCGCGUUCUCCCGCGCCUUAGGCAGUUUGAUUGUAUCUAAUUUGAGUUCUCAUUGGCUCUUUAUUUUCCUUCCAUCUGAUUGGCCGUUGUGAUAACUUUGUUUUGGUUUUAAGACCCUCAAUCGAAAAGCGUUGAAGUAAGUUUUGGAUUUAUCUUGGAUCUUGCUCUUGACUGUCAGAAUUCAUCAGGAUGUCAGGAAUUUUAUCUUUGUUCUGUUUGUUUCUUUGUUUCUUUGUCAGAACGGACUCGAUAUGCUUUCGAAUGUCGCCUUAGGUGUAAAGGUUUGUUUUUGCUAAUAUUUAUGAUAGUAUAAGGAAGGUAGCUAAUCAUGGGUUACUUACUACCUCGUGCAAAAACGAUUUUUUCCAAACCCGCUCUCAUUGACCGUUUUUCCUGAUGUUUCAGCAGACGUCCACUACAUAAAAAACCUUUUAGCCUGAUUUCUCUUGUAUGAAGUUUAUUAUACAAGUUUCUUUGAAUCGGUUUUUUAAGCUCUCUUUUAAUCCUCUCUCUGCUUAGAACUCGAUUUUCUUUAGUUUUUUCUUUGUUUCUUCUCUCCCAGAACAAGGUCUCAGUGAAGUAAAGAAUUUCCCUAUUUUUUAUGAUGCGUUUUUUUCCUAACAACAGUUAAUUAUCCCUCUACAUCAUUACAUAAAACAAAACAAUUUCUUGUCUUCUGAUUUGCAUUUUACAUUUUACCAUCUGUCCUUAGUUCUAACCAUAAUUGAAAUUUUAACCAUUUACAGUUCAUUACAUAUUGUUAUUUUACAGCCACUGUCGUUAAAGGAUUCAUCUGGAAAGUCCGAAGGUACAUACAUGGAUGUCUUACCUGAGCUGACGUUCGAGAUUAUUUCACUUUCGCAAAUAUUCUAAUAGUUCAAAUAUUUCAUUUGGGAAAAUUCUCUCUAAGUAACACGUUCUUUAAGGGAAGCAGCCUUGGAUCCAGACUAGUAAACUUUUCUUUCAUCUUUGUAUCUGUUACCAUCACUGAAGGAACACUUCUAUUCAGGGAAAAUUUUCUCUGGUCUUCAGCUUGUCCCCUGAAUGGAGGUUUCACUGAAUAGUUUAUCUUCAUUAAAGAAAGGCCCUCCUUUUAAAGACACUUUUCAAGGUUUUUAUAAGUCCCCUAAAUAAAGGUUCCACUGAAGCUGUUCCUUCACUGAGGGAGCACCUCUAUUCCAAGGGGCACUUUCUUGUCCAGAGAUUGUCUCCUAGGUGAAGGUUGUACUGUAUUAGUUUGCAAACCCAUUUUAACAACGAUUAGGAGUGUCUGUAAACUUGAGUUAGCCUUUGAAAUACCCUGUUAACACUGACUUAAUCAAGUAACUUUUAUUUCCUUUUAGAUAUUUUGGAAAUCUUUCCUAAUAGAGGGCCCAUUGAGGUAAAUAUAUAUAUAUUUUGUACAGUAGUAUACUACCUUUUGGCGCUUGAACUUGACUUGAAUUUAUACUUCUCCGAACAUGUAAUUAUCUUUCGAUUUUGUGUGCUUGCGUCGAGAGGGUUGCCACUGAAAGUAAAAGUAUGUGCCAGAAACCAUUUGGGGCGUACUCCUCCUCUAAAACUUAGCUAUCUAAGAUAAAUUUAACCGAUAGUAUGCGUUUCUUUUAGGGUGGAUCGCCAUUUAUCCUAGUUUUUGCGCAGGGUCUUCCACCGGAAGUAAAUUCUGCCAGGGCAGAUUUUGGAAAGAAGACUGUUGCUAACUUGAAAAGAACUAAUGCUUUUAAUUUGAGCGGUAAAAUUCCGGGUAAGUUUUUUAUGGCCUAAACACUAGAAAAAUGUUUUAUACUUCCUUUUUUCGAGUACGUUUCCUGCAUUUAACGUUAUUUUUUGUAAACUGUUUUUUUUUUUUUUGCAAUUUUGUACCUCAGCAUCUGAUAAGCCUGGCAAAGUAACUGUUACAGUGUAUUCUUCGACUGGAGGAAUUCUUGGAAAGACUGAUUUCGACUAUUACGAUCAAGAUAAGGAAACACUGUUACGACUGGUUAAAGAUCCAAAAUUACAAAGUGAGUUUUUCUGCCAUUGGGCUGAUUUUAUGGUUGAUAAAGCGAAGAGAAGUGAAGGACAAGAUUUACCGCAGCCUUCGGCAGGUACGUUCUUGCAACUAUUUUGAACACCUUGAGAUCGCGAGUACACUCUUGAGUUCUAAGGUUUUUUUUUCUUUUCCUGAACAUGACGAGUGUAAAAAGCAGUCUGACCUCCUCGUAACGGCCAUCUAAGGGGCAGAAGAUAGAGUCCUUUGUAGAAAGAUGGCAGUUAUUUUAGGAUCGGUUGUCGAGGUGACCCUCAUUUUUUUAAAUUUGGAGCAUUUUUUCUCAUAUAUAACAAAGGCUUGUUGUACCAUAAAAGGCGGCUACAGGUUUGUCAUUAAUUGUAGUUACUGCUAGGCGUUACCCUUGUAAAAUGAAGCCCAUUACUUAGCUACUUUCAUAUUUAAUUUAGUCACCAGCAGAUAACAUCAUUGUAAAACUGACUGUUUGGUUUUCAAGAACUCUGGACCCGACUGACCCUGAAAAACUUCUCAAUUGACCCUGAUAUAACCUUUCGCUGAGGUUGUUGAAACGCAAGUCACUGUAACCGACUACAGUUCUUUUCAGGACUACUCUCAUCCUGACGAUAAGACUAAAAGAUCAAAUGUUACUCCUGAAUUCAAACCAAUUCUUAUCAAAGCCUCAGUUCUAAAAUGUUUUGAACAUUGCAAAUUUUUUUUUUGUUUUUUUUGGUAAACAUUAUCAAACUCUUUAUCACUUUUUCUAGGAUUCUCACCACCAAACCAAGUGUUACGCGUACUGGUUCGUAUAGCAGCAAACUAUACUGGCCAACAACUGUUUGAAUUGUUCUUCAACUCCCCUCCUGCAGGAAAGGCAGUCUUUCUAGCUUUUAAAUUAAUGCGUAGAUUCUCUGACGAGAAUUGGGACGAUCAAGAAUUCCCCCCAACAGUCGGUUGGCUUGCAAUAGGUGCUGAGGAAGCGCAAAGACGACUUAGUAAGUAAACACUCUCCAGUACAUAGGCGUGGCAUUCGUGAAUGCCGGCGAGAUUCAGAAUUUCCUGGUUAAAAUCUCCUACUUUGCCACUUAACCGGAUUUACUACGUGGUAGUUCUCUAUUUAGCUUCGACUCGAUUCGAUUAUGAGACCCUAUGGAUCCGCUAGAUAUUGAGCCUACCGCUGUUACAUUGCCUUAACAACUAACUCGUUUGCCUUUCAACAGUUAGAAUUUUGAUACUUAAUAUUAUAUUGCUCUACUUUUCUUUAAAUUUGCAAUGUGUCAAUCAGCACUGAGAUGCUUAAUACCCCGAAACGCCAGUAAAGUUAUAUAAUGAUUUGUGUUAUUUAAUAACCGCAUUAUGUCCAAACAGAUCACACUGAUGAAAUCAAAGAAACUGGAUAUUUAAGUGAUGAAGAGUCAUCGUCUAGUGAAUCUUCUUGCUCCGAAACCUUUCAUUCUGAAGACAGUUCUUCAACGACUUCAAGUGAAGGUAACCGAUUUUUAUCAUCCUGUUUGCUUACAUGUGAGUAAAUUUCAGAAUGUUCUAUCCUAAUUUAACAAAAUUUUACUAAAAUUCACGAGUGGUUGUUUAUUUUGAGAGGCACCAAUAGGAAAGUGUACACGUUUGGUACUAAAUUUUCUAUUGCUCUGCUUUUGUUUAAAUUUGCAAUGUACCAAUCAGCACUGAGAUGCCAAAUACGCCGAAACUUAAGUAAAGUUAUGCGAUGAUUUGUGUUAAUUAAAUAAUCACAUUAUGUCCAAACAGAUCACGCUAAUGAAAUCAAAGAAACUGGAUAUUUGGGUGAUGAGGAGUCAUUGUCUAGUAAAUCUUCUAGUUCCGAAUCCUCUUAUUCUGAAGACAAUUCUUCAACGACUUCGAGUGAAGGUACCUUAUUUUUGUCAUCCUGAAUACUUACAUGUAAAUAAAUUUCAGAAUUUUUUAUCAUAAUUUAACAAAAUUAUAAUAAAAUUCACGAGUAGUUGGUUGUUUUGAGAGGCACCAAUAGGCAAGUGUACACGUUUGAUCUAGUACCUCAUAUUCUAUUUGUUUACUUUUAUAUAAAUUUGCAAUGUGCCAAUCAGCACUGAGAUGCUGAAUAAGCCGAAACUUAAGUAAAGUUAUAUGAUGAUUUGUGUUAAUUAAAUUAUCACAUUAUGUACAAACAGAUCACACUGAUGAGAUAAAAGAAACUGAAUAUGAAGGUGAUGAAGAGUCAUCGUCUUGUAAAUCUUCUAGUUCCAAAACCCCUCAUUCUGAAGACAAGUCUUCAACGACUUCGAGUGAAGGUACCCUAUAUUUUUCAUCCUGAUUACUUACACGUAAAUAAAUUUCAGAAUGUUCUACAGAUAGGUAGAUGCAUGACCUUUAUAUAUAAUCGAUAACAUUUUAAGCUAUGAAAUUUUAGGGUCGUGUGAAGAAAAAAAAGAAAAUUACACGUUAUGUAAAUAUAAGUUGAAUUUGAAAAUAGAAAAUGAUAUGUCAGUAUAACUUCCAAAUGAAAACAAAAUCGGUAUGUAUAAGGCGUGCAGUAGAAGCGGAAAGUAUGCGGUCCAGUUGUUAGUGAUGCCCAAAUAGUAAUAUUUGUCGCCCAAAUAGUAAUAUUUGUGGUAGUUUAGAGCACUUUUCAAUUUAGUGUCGUAAAAUCAAAACCAAAGUGAUUACAACAAUCAACCAAAGCAAGGAAAAUAUGACAAGGAGUCAAUGCUAUUUAAUAGGUUGCAAUCCUAUGCGUUUGAAUUUGUCACUGUAAAUUUUUUCGACCCCAAAUUUCUCACAUGAAUUUCAGUAAUUACGAGGUAAAACUUUGUUGAAAAAAAGUAAAUUGUGUAUUUAUUUACGUAUGAAAUGUCCAAGUUACUAUUGAAGAUUUGAUGUGAAAGAUUUAAUGAAACACACACUGAAGACUUAUCUUUUCUAGAACGUUGAAAAUAUUCUUCACGAACACAAUUCUCACCAAAAUAUUUCAGCAUCUCUACUGUUUUCAACUUUAUAACUGAUUUAGAUCAAAGCCCCACAUCAGAGGAGUGUUGUGGCCCUGUGACUGUCGCGAAAUACGGAAGAAAAAACGAAGCAGAAGAGGUAUCUUUGAUGAAAGCCUGCAUGGAAUUUGUAAGUCAAGACCUUAGUCGGCUCAAACCAAAGCCCAAAGUCAAUGAUCAGGAGAGAGGAGGAAGUAGCAGCGAAGAAGAUUUUUCGUCAGGUAACAAAGAUUGGCGAGAAUACUACAACAGUAGUUUUCUACUGGUUCAGGCAAAGAGGGAGCGAACAAGAGGACGCCUCAUGCUUCGGAUAUGGAGUAUUACAAGUAACUUGAUUAAUUGGUGAAAAGGCCUGUCACUCAAUAUGGCUUUCAGAGACAUCCCUAAAAUUUUCUUAUUCUCUUUCUUCGUUUUUGAAAAUAUGCAGCAUACAAAUUUUUGGUUUGGUAAGAAGUGAUUUUUUAACGUAAACAGCUUUGACGGCGUCGAGUGCAUGAAGUCGAUUAACUUUUGAGUAGAAUAACGUGUUUGUGUCAAGGGAAGAUUAUCUGAUGUUCACUUGUUUAAUUAUUAUUUUUUUCUUUUUUUAACUUUACCAGGUGAACAUAAGCGAGAAGUUGCACGAGAGUCGCGAAGGCAGAAUAUUCAGCAACGAAAUCCCGUUUUUAAUUUGAACUUCGAUCAGAAUUCAAUAGCCGAGAAGACCAGACGUGCUAAAGAAAGAAGCGAUGAGGAGGAAACAGGCGAUUUGAAUGGAGCUCCCCUAUAGCAGAGGUAGAAUGGAACAACAGUUUAACGAAAUUAACAGUUAGCAAUCCAUUGAUGAAAUUUUAUGUCGCGAAAAGUGAAGUUUCAGAACAAAUACUUUGAGAAUGUUGUAACCACUCAUUCCCACUUUCAAGAGUGAACGUAAAAGAGGACAAAAAUUAGGAACAAGGCUUCCUGCGCUGACAAGUUCGGUACCAGUUCUUUCCGAGGAGGAUUAAAGCAAUACGAGUCUUCAGUGUAAGUAUUGGUAGCUAUUAUAGCUUUGUACCUAUAUUGUAACACUCAACCCAACCGAUUAUUACUUUCAUUGAUAUUUGGUCGCAUUUAUGCGAGGAUUUACGACGUCCACAAUUUAUAAUAACCAUAUGGCUCAAACAAGGAAGACGUUUGCUCCAGAAAUAACGUUAUUUUUAUCUCCGCCAUUGAAUGAUUUAUAUAACCGUUCGAAAAAUCGUAUUCAAAUAUUCUUUAAAAAUAUUCAACCUAAGACGCUGUCAUUGGAAUAUUGCUUAACAGCCUGGCCGCAAUGAAGCCUCACUGGAAAUCUCUGAAAACAAUUGGGGGCUACAUAAAAAGGCAUCCUUGACUCAAAUUGUGAUUAUUUUUAUUUCGAUAGGUGUCUUUGUCCUAUGUGGUUUGUGAUUUCGUCGUGUGUGGCUGAAAUAUUGUUUCAAUGCGGCGUUCAUAUCCAAUAUUAGCACAAUUGAUGGCAAUUCUUGCACGGUUAGAUCGCGUACUCACUUACUUACUUACUUAAUUACUUAGUUUGAAGUCAAAAUGUAGUACCUCGUUAAUACUUACGUAUAAUUUUCGAGGGGACGAACUUGGUAUUUCAAAUUUGGUAACUUGGGAGCUCUGAUGCUUGAGAAGAUUGUAGAGGAGUAUGUUUGGACUCCGGAUUCCGAACAAGUGCUUUCUGAGAGCUUUAGCGUAGCGAAACUACGAAAUGGCCGCGAAAAGGCUGGUGAAAUUACCACUUAAACCAAUAAAUUUUCCCUAUGACAUCUCGCGCACUUUAUAUGAGUGUUGCUCCUUUACAGCCGUGGUUUAUAAUUUUUUAAAAUUAUUUUUUCCAUUUAAGAAAUACCAAGUUAAAUGCAAAGACAUGAGGAUAACAGGAAUUAUGAUUCUAAAGAGUACGCUUUUGUUUUUCAGAGGAUUGAUGCUCUCCACCAACACUGAGUUCGGAGAAGAUUUAAUUGAGCGCCAUCAAACCGAAUGAAACAUUAUACAGAUGUUACACUUAAUGUAUGGAAGCAAGAACUACUUCUCCUGAGUAGUCUCCAAUAUUUACACGUUUGUAUAUGUAGACUGUUCAUAUUGGCGGGAAGCAACUUAAGGUGAUUCAGAAACUGUUAAAAAUAUUGAGCGUUUGUAAAUAAAUAUUCAUAUUACAAGUAUGCUGUUCCUGUUUAGUCUCCAAUGUUUACACAUUUGUACAUAUAGACCGUUCAUAUUAGCGUGUGACAACUUAACGUGAUUCAGAAACUGUUAAAAGACAUUGAGCAUUUGUGAAUAAAUAUAUUUAUAUCAAGUAUACAAAUGUAAAAUUGACAUUAAAAUUUAGCUAC